GUUUGAUAAAUACCUUUUGAAGACAGAUGACAAAAUGGGACAUGCACAACUCAGCCUUCAACCACUUGUCUCUGCUGCUAGACUCAGGCAGAUUCUGCAGAACUUCAAUGGCGAGACGGUGUUAAGGAAGGUUGUCCCAGAUAGUGACAACUGUUUGGUCAGAGAAAGCUCCAUCACUUGUGUCAAUGUUUGAUGCUGCAAAAUUAAGAAAGCUAAGAACAAGUUUCAAGCAGAACGAGGGCUCUGUUACUGCUGGCAAUGCUUCAAUCAUAAGUGAUGGUGCAGCUGCAUUAGUCCUAGUGAGUGGAGAGAAGGCACUUCAACUUGGAUUGCAAGUAAUUGCAAAGAUUAAGGGCUAUGCUGAUGCAGCUCAGGAUGGAAGGAGCAAUGUGCCAAGUACUCUCCUUACUCCACAUACUUUGAGGGCAGACUCAACUUUUCCAUGCUCAAGAAUUUUACACAAAACUCCUUGUUUCAUUUAAUAUUAUAAAUUCAUUAUUGGCUUUCAUACAGGUUUUAUUGAGGCUGAAAAGAAACCAGGUGUUC